AAAAUAUUUCCCUGUCUGCAUACGACAACAGAACGUCUCCUCCUCUCUUACUGAAGAGCAGAAAUGGCAUUAGAUGGGAAAAUCGCGGUUGUGACCGGAGGAGCAAUGGGAAUAGGAAAAGCAAUGACGGAGAUACUUGUGCGAAACGGUGCCCAGGUGGCCCUCCUGGAUGUGAAUGAAACUGAAGGAAAGAAUUUAUCGGAAAACCUCAACAAACAGUACGGGCAAGAGAGGACUCUGUUCCUGAGCUGUAAUGUUGAGUCAGAGGAGCAGAUCAAAGGUGCCUUUCAGAAAACUGCUGAAACCUUCGGAGGAAUAGACAUCAUAUGCAACAAUGCCGGCAUUGUGAAUGAGAGCGAGUGGGAGAAAACAGUUUCCAUAAAUCUUAUGGGUGUUAUCAGAGGGACUUAUCUGGCUCUGGAGCACAUGAACAAGUUGACUGGAGGUCGGGGAGGGGUCAUUGUCAACACAGCGUCCAUGGCAGGUAUUGGCCCUUUACCAAGCUGUCCUGUCUAUACAGCCACCAAGCAUGGAGUGGUUGGCUUCACUAGAGCCAUGGCGGCUGCCUCUGCUGUGUCAGGCUAUGGUAUACGGUUCAAUGCCCUUUGCCCAGGAUUCGUCCAAACUGACCUCCUUUCUGACAUUUCAUCCAAAUUGGGACUAUUCUCCUCCUUGGCUGAUGUAACCCAACAAAUAGUAGACAAAAUUGGGAUUCUAACUGUAUCUGAGGUAGCCGAGUGCCUCCUUGAGCUGGUGACAGAUGAGACGAAGAGUGGAGAAGCCCUCAUGCUGUUCCCAAAAGGAAAGUCGUACGUGACAUUUCCCUCAUUCAUUCAGUAGCUCUUCAAAAUGACAAAACGCAACACCAUCAUACAGAACCAAACCAUCUGACUGAAUUAUGUUAUUAAAAAUGAAAUGUUACAGUGAACAAGGAGUAUCAGCUAAGUAGUAGUCAAUACAUUUUAAGCACCUGUAAUACACUUCUUCACUUAUGUUUAUUCCUUUUGUUCUAUGGUCUAAUCAUAAUUCAUUGUUAAUGAUUGCUUCUGCUGCCUACAAUAAAUGUACAUAAAUGUCAAACAUCUAACAAUUCAUUAGAUCAAGACAUAUUCUCAUAUCAUAGUUAUAAUAUAUGUGUAAACUGAAGUGGAACAUCUGAAAUAUUGAUACGUAUUAGUCAAAAAAGAUUAUGGUUAGAGUAAGGCAGUAACAAUUAUCAAUUUUCACCUGAUCUAAAAUCCUCUCAGAAUGUAAUUAUGUGUAUUGACCACAAGGUGUCACUAUUAACUGGAAAAUGUGUCAACUUUUACUGGAGCAGUUCAAGCUAAUUUAAAAAACCCAACACAUUUUUGCACUUAACCCUAAGGGUAUUUAUCCAGAUAUGUUUUAGUUUUUGUGCUGAUGUUUUAAGAUAUGCACCUCUCAAAUAUUGACAGCAAUCUAAAUACAAUUGAGGUGAAUAUCAUUUUAUUUGGUGUUUAUAUUUGACAAACUCAAACAGAAACUUGUCUUUCCAGAAAUGAUGUCCUGAUUAUUCUGAUAAUCCAGACUAUAGUGUCAACAGUUUGUGUUUUUUCUUCAGUAGAAAGUAGAUAACAGAUAACAUAAUAA